CGUCAAGACCACUACAUCAUAAAGGAUUGGCCAGAACGAAUCGCUUUUCAAGUUGUUGUGGAUAACAUAAAAUACUCACCACUUAUAAAGAAGGAAAAAAUAGUUCUACCUCCGCUCCACAUCAAGCUCGGCCUUAUCAAAAACUUUGUCAAGGCUUUGGACAAAGAAGACGAAGCUUUUCAUUAUUUGAAAACAAUCUUUCCACAGAUUUCAGAAGCAAAAAUAAAGGAAGGGAUUUUUGUGGGGCCGCAAAUAAGGAAAAUAAUGGCCAAUACCCAUUUCAAAGAACUAUUGUCACCAGUGGAGGCAGCGGCGUGGGACUCUUUUGAAAAGGUCGUUACUUCUUUUUUAGGCAAACACAAAAGUCCUAACUUCGAGCUGAUAGUGAACGAUUUAAUCAAACACUAUGUGGAAAUGGGAGUAAAUAUGUCUUUAAAAAUUCAUUUUCUGCACUCCCAUUUAAAUUUUUUCCCGCAAAAUCUUGGCGACGAAAGUGACAAGCAUGGCGAAAGGUUUCACCAGCAAAUGAAAAUGAUUGAAAGUCGGUAUCAAGGAUUCUGGGAUGUCGCUAUGAUGGGUUUCUCAUAAGAGAAACCGAUCCUUAUAUAAAUAAACGUCAAAACAAGACACAUAACUUUUUCAAUUAUAAAAUAAGAUCAUAGAGUUAAGACAGAAUCAUAUGUACAUAUGCUAUUAUUUGUAGGGUACUUAAGUUUUAC